UAACGAAUCUGGCGCGAGUAGAAACCCUGACGAAUUGAACGUCACGCAGAUCGCGAGGUCGAAGAUCACCGAACGAAAACAGUGGAUUCUUCCAUAUCGGUUCAAGGAGGCUCUCAGACCGGCCGAAGAUCCGCGUCGCAGCUAGUGAUCGUAUCGAUAAAGAGGCAUCUCGGCGCCAUAAUGCCGCAUAGUUAACUGAUAUAAAAAUAUAGAAUUCGCAUAUGGAAAUUUGUUUAUUGACUUGUCUUAAAGUGAGAAGAGUUAUAAUUAUUUUAUAAGUAAAGAAAUAUAUUUGGAAGAGCUUGAUUGCUGACUCAAUUGGAAAAGAUAUGCAGAUCAAGGAUAAACGGGUCAUAGUGACUGGAGCAGCAAGUGAAGUGGGUCUGGCAUUUAGCAGAGAGCUGCUACGAAAUGGUGCCUUGAUGAUAGUCAUAAUCGAUAUACAGCAAUUGAUUGGAGAACAAGUUGUACAGAGUUUAAACAACGAAUUUGGCCGUAAACGAGCUGUAUUUCUUUGUUGUGAUGUGACGAAUAAUUCCGAAUUUGACGCAACAUUCAAAGAAGCGAUCAACAUUCUCGGCGGGCUGGACAUUUUAAUAAACAAUGUAGGCGUAAUAAAUGAAAUCGAUUUUGCGAAAGCCAUCGAUGUUAAUGUGACAGCUGUAAUUCGCGGGACUCUCAUGGGAAUUCAACAAAUGCGAAAAGAUUCUGGAGGCAAGGGUGGUGUCAUUGUAAAUAUUUCGUCCAUUGCCGGAUUACAAUCGGUAUCUCAGUUUCCGGUAUAUUCUGCUGCAAAACACGCUGUCGUUAGUUUCAGCCGUUCUUUUGCACAACCUUAUCACUACCAGAAGACCAAUGUAAAAGUAAUUGUUCUGUGUCCUGGUUUGACCGACACCUCAGUUUUGGAAGAUUUACCGCAGGAUAUUUCGAACACUGAUAUUUUUCAGAAUUAUCAACCUCAGAAAGUGGAAACCGUAGCUCAUGGGUUGGUGUAUGUAAUUCGGUGCGCACAGAACGGUAGCGUAUGGAUCAGUGAGGAUGGAAAACCAAUUUAUGAAGUGCUGCUUCCUGAUACUUUACCGCAAAAGACCGAAAUGGAUGCGGAGAAUUACGAACGAUCUCAAAGUUCAGUCGUAACGUAUUAUAAGCACAAACUCUCGAUUCUUCGGCUUCACUCCCGAGGAUUUAAGCGCAGAAAAUUGAUUGUAUUCGUUUUACGAAUAGCCAAAGAAGUUUUAUUCAUAGAAAGUAAAAUGGAAAAUAUUGUAAAUCCAAGUUUGAGAACUCUCCGCCGUCGUUCUUCAGCUUCGGAAAGAGCGAAGGAGUUAGAAGCGAUUAAUUGCAUAGUUUCUGGAAAAAAUGUUCUAAUAACUGGUGGUGCGGCAGGAUUGGGCUACGCUUUUCUUAACCAUUUUUUAAAGCACGGAGCAAAGAAAGUAAUUAUAUUAGACAUCGAUGCCGAAACUAGUAAACGUCUCGCACUUGGCAUCGAAAAAUCUUACGGCGAGAAGAAGGUUCACUUCAUAUGUACCGAUGUAUCUAAUCAUAAGCAAGUAACUGAGUCCUUCGAAGAAGCAUCAUCGCUAUUAGGAAACAUUGACAUCGUAAUAAACAACGCUGGAGUUUUAGAUGAGCGAAGAUGGGAGAAGGAAAUCGCGGUGAACGUUACUGGCAUGGUCAAUACUGCGAUGUUAGCUAUGCAACAUAUGAGUAAAGAUACAGGCGGUCAUGGUGGUAUCUUGGUAAACGUGAGCCAGCAUAUAGAUGUUCAAAAUACAGCUCAACUUCCGGUUUACACUGCCACGAAAAACGCCGUCAUUGGUCUAUCGCAAUCACUAUCGAAUCACUACGAAAAGACCGGCGUUACCGUAAUAACUUUGUGUCCAGGUCUGACGGAAACUGCUCUGACAAUAGAAAGUCCAAAUAAACUUCUUUCCAGAGUCAUGAAGGCAGAUUUUGUCAAGAAUCUUGAACAGUUCUCGAUACAAACACCUUAUGUAGUCGCGCAGGGCCUGAUGACGAUCUUGAGGAUCGGCGAGUCCGGUAGUAUUUGGGUUAUCGAGAGCGGUAAAGUGCCUUACGAAGUUUACGUACCGAAUCCGCGUACUUUGCGUCGUCACUACAAGAAUAACUUCCCGCACGUCGACGCUAAGGUUGCAAGAGGUCGCGCGAUAAGGGAAGUCUGCGACAACGCGAGGACAGGUCUGAUGAGCUGUGCCUGAUAACCAGCAAGCGCCCGCUCUCGCUCUACUUAGAGUUGAAAAAUCUUCUUCAAUCCACGUGGCGAACGCGCAAUCGUCCGAAGACUUCGUGAAAAUAUUUCACGCAUAGAUCAGUGAUAAAAUCGGAAGUGCAGGAGGAACGAGAUGCAGUCAAAGCAAUAGUUUCGCGGAAAAUGGUGUCCUCGAGAUUCUUCGUAGAUUAAAUUAUUUCAUAUUGCAACGUUUCAUACAUUAUCCUCUCUUUUUGUCAUCUGAUUAUACUCACUGGUUCACGUUUCCAUAAUCUCCUUUAAAAAAAAAAUACAUACAUGUUCGACUUCAUUUUUAUUUCUAAUAACGCCAGAUUGUAUGAAGAUACCUGUGAUAAAAAAAAAAGUAUUUUAUAAUAAAUACUUGACAAAAAAAUAUAA